GGGAGAGAGGGAGAGUGACAGCAGCGCCCGGCAAAAAUACUACAAGAGUUUCCCCAAAAAGGGAGUCUUGAGGAAGAGGCAGAAGGGGGCUACGAGGCAGAAGAAAGCAGAUGCAUGGCCUCUUUGCCCACUUCAGCUGUGCCACUGUGCCUUGAAGUCUCAUCCUCACCCCUUUAGACCUAAUUAUUGCUCCCCACAUCCCCCCACACCCAAUACUCAGCCACACUCUCCUUUUUGGCACCCUGUUUUAUGAAAUUUCUUUCUACUUAUGAUUUUUUUAAUGGGAAAAAAUAUAUACUGUUUUAGUGAUGGGGAGGACUCACUUUCAUGGGGUGUCAAGCCAGGAUUUCCUGUAGGAUUUCUGGGGACCUUCCUGAGCUGGGAAAGAGGUCCUCUCAUUGAGAAAUCAGGAUGUAACUUAAGAAGGGGCAGAUAUAAAAGAUGAAAUUCAAUUGAAAAUACAGAGAUUUGUCCAGCCUGACUCUAAUCACAGCACAGCAAAGUUAGCUGGGGCUGAGAGGUUUCCUGGGAGUACAGCUGUCCUUCCCUGGGCCCCAAGGCCCUGUUCAUGGACACGCACCCCUCCUUCACCCCCAAACCAGUUCCCUUACAUAUAUAUUUUUAAAAGAAAUCUAAGUCUUACUUUCAAAGCACACACUUAGUCUCAACUAGGGAAUCAACAGAAGCAGAAGCGAUUUUUUUCCCCCUUCUUGACAUCUGGCUUGCGAUUGGCUGGAAGGGGGUCAGCUGACUUUGUCAUUUUGUCUGUCCUGGAUUGGAGCCGUCCCUAUAACCAUCUAGUUCCGAGUACAAACUGGAGACAGAAAUAAAUAUUAAAGAAAUCAUAGCCCGACCAGGUAAAGGCAAAGGGAUGAAUUCCUACUUCACUAACCCUUCCUUAUCCUGCCACCUCGCCGGGGGCCAGGACGUCCUCCCCAACGUCGCCCUCAAUUCCACCGCCUAUGAUCCAGUGAGGCAUUUCUCGACCUAUGGAGCAGCCGUUGCCCAGAACCGGAUCUACUCGACUCCCUUUUAUUCGCCACAGGAGAAUGUCGUGUUCAGUUCCAGCCGGGGGCCGUAUGACUAUGGAUCUAAUUCCUUUUACCAGGAGAAAGACAUGCUCUCAAACUGCAGGCAAAACACCUUAGGACAUAACACACAGACCUCAAUCGCUCAGGAUUUUAGUUCUGAGCAGGGCAGGACUGCGCCCCAGGACCAGAAAGCCAGUAUCCAGAUUUACCCCUGGAUGCAGCGAAUGAAUUCGCACAGUGGGGUCGGCUACGGAGCGGACCGGAGGCGCGGCCGCCAGAUCUACUCGCGGUACCAGACCCUGGAACUGGAGAAGGAAUUUCAUUUCAACCGCUACCUAACGCGGCGCCGGCGCAUCGAGAUCGCCAACGCGCUCUGCCUGACCGAGCGACAGAUCAAAAUCUGGUUCCAGAACCGCCGGAUGAAGUGGAAAAAAGAAUCUAAUCUCACGUCCACGCUCUCGGGGGGCGGCGGAGGGGCCGCCGCCGACAGCCUGGGCGGAAAAGAGGAAAAGCGGGAAGAGACAGAAGAGGAGAAGCAGAAAGAGUGACCAGGACUGUCCCUGCCACCCCUCUCUCUCCUUGUCCCUCGCUUCCCUCGACUCUCCCCUAAUCACACACUCUGUAUUUAUCACUGGCACAACUGAUGUGUUUUGACUCCCUAAAACAAAAUUAGGAAGUCAAACGUGGACCUGAAAGUCAGCUCUGGACCCCUCCCUCACCGCACAACUCUCCCCACGCGCCUCCUCCUCCUGGCUCCCUCGCUAGCUCGUUCUCGGCUCGUCUGCAGGCCCCUUCCUCCCCCGCCCCACAGGCCUUGGGGACUAGGUCCCUGAACCUCGCUCCAGACCCCACAGAUUUCCCUCCAAAUGAGGACUUGGCUCCCCCGCCACUCCCUCACCGCCCCCCACCCCGCCCCAGCGCAGAGAGCCGGCUCCCGGGCCCUGGGGCCUCUGCUCCGGGACCUCGGGACCCGGCCUGGUAGCCGGGGAGGGCGGGAGGACCAAGGAGGGCGCGCCUUGGCCCCACAGCAACCCCGAGGGCCUCCCCACAGCCCCUGCCCAGCCCGUCUGCCCCAGCAAAUGCCCAGCCCAGGCAAAUCGUAUUUAAAGAGUCCUGGGGGUCAUUAUGGCAUAUUACAAACUGUGACCGUUUCUGUGUGAAUAUUUUUAGCUGUAUUUGUGGUCUCUGUAUUUAUAUUUAUGUUUAGGACCGUCAGUGUUCCUAUCCCCAUUUUAAAAAGAAAAAAAAAAGGGAAAAUGACAAAAAGAGAAAAAAAGUGAAUGACGUUUGUUUAGCCAGUAGGAGAAAAUAAAUAAAUCCCCUCGUGUUACCCUCCUGUAUAAAUCCGACCUCCGGAUCCGUUCUCGAAUAUUUAAUAAAACUGAUAUUAUUUUUAAACGUU